AUGUACAUGGAAAUUCCGAAAGAAUGUUACGUUGAUGGAUCGGAGUUGAACGAUAACAACGUUUUGCUUUUGAAGAAGAACUUAUAUGGGACCAAGCAGGCGAGCCGUGUGUGGUUCGAAUUUCUGAAGGAAGGACUGGAGGAAAUUGGUUUUGUACAGUCGAGUGAGGACAAGGCAGUCUUCUACAAAGGCGAGACGAUCUUUGUUGUAUAUGUUGAUGAUGGGAUUUUGAUGGGUCCAAACGGACGCGAAAUUGAUGACGUCAUCGGACAACUCGGACACAAGUAUAAAUUAACGGACGAAGGCGACCUAAAUGAAUAUCUCGGCAUCAAAAUGAAGAGAACCAAAGACGGUCGUGAACUAACCCAACCAGCACUGAUCCAACGCAUAUUGCAGACGGUCGGAGUGUCGCUCAAUAGAGGAGAUCGGCAAGAAGUGAAAACCCCAGCGACAAAAACGUUACACAAAGAUGAAGGGGGUGAGAAGCGCCGAAUGAAUUGGGACUACAGAUCGGUGGUUGGGAUGCUGAAUUGGUUGGCACGUUCAACGCGUCCAGAACUCAUAUUUGCAGUGUCACAAGUUGGUAGGUUCAUGGCGUUUCCUAAGAAAUCCCAUGAAGAUGCGAUAAUGAGAAUAUGCACCUACUUGAGAGACACUCGAGACAAAGGAAUGAUCAUGAAACCUGACAAGAAUAAAGGAUUUGAGGUUUAUGCCGAUGCAGAUUUCGCUGGAGGAUACAACAAGCACAAUGCAGAAGACCCAGCGACAGCAAAAUCACGAACUUGCUAUCACAUCAUGUUUAACAACUGCCUUGUAUAUUCCCACUCAAAACUUCAGACAGAGAUUGCAUUGAGUACAACUGAAGCGGAGUACAUUUGCUUGUCCCAAGCGCUACGGACAGUGAUCAGUUUGAUGCGAUUCUUCAAAGAACUAGCAAGGAAGAUCAAAUCAUUCAAGUACAAACGACGAAGGUUCAAAUGCAAGGCAUUUGAAGACAACAAUGGCGCGAUAGCGAUCGCAACAACUGAAAACUUACGGCCACGAACAAAACACAUCAAUAUCAAAUACCAUCACUUCAAACGCUACGUGCGAAAAGGGUAUGUGACGAUUGAACGGAUAGACACAAUUGAUCAACUUGCCGACAUUGGUACCAAGCCUCUUUUGCCCCAUAUGUUCAUACCAUUGCGGAAAGCACUCAUUGGAUGGUAA